UGGUAGUUAAUCAAACACGUCAGGCGGUGUUAGAUCUCAAACGAAUUUACAUAUUGGAAUGCUAUGAAAUUUCUUGCUUGUGUCCGACAAGAACUAAACGUUUAUUUAGAAAAGAAUGACAUCCACACACAAAAGUAUCAGUGAUAUAAUAGUCCAGGUACAAGAUGAAGUGCAUCAGUUACGGAAGAAAAUGGAGAGCUAUGAAAGCAGUGCUGGGUGUGAAUCUGACUUCCAUGAAUUGAGUAUUACUUUGAAAAAAGCAGAGGAAGGUCUUCAAGGCAAAGCAGAACAACUUGUUCAGGACUUAAACUCUCAAGUAAAGUUAAUUGGGUCAAAUGUUAAUGACCUGAAGAGAAACAGAACUUUAUCCAGUGAUUCAAUAUCACUAAUCAACAAAAACCUGUUUAUUGGUACUUCAGCUUCACGAGAAACUUUGCUUCCACAAAGACAAUUUUCAAAAUCUUCACCAGGGAUAAAGCUAAAGCAGCAGCUUGCAUUUCAAGCUGCCAUUGACCCUUUCCAUGCAAAAAAUCGCCAUAUACUUUAUGACACUUAUGGCAUACAACUACCUUUGAUUUCACAGAAAAGACAAGGCAAAGAGAUACCUGGUUCAGGGCAAAAAGUUAUCGUUGGUACUACAGUUGAGCCUCUGGUCAGUCUUCCCAAACAGAAUCGCUUUGACCCAUUGAAUAUACCACUUUCAAUCUCUGAGAAAGAUGCCCAAAAGGGAAUCCUUAAUUUAAUUGAGAGAGGUUUGAUACCUUCAGCUGCUCAGUUAAGUUUAGAACCUUCUCCAGUCUCAUUAAAAACUAUUAAACCUUUGGAGGGAAUUAUGACUGAAAAGAAGAAAGUAACUCCUACUUUAUUUGAGUCUCCCAGAAAGAUUUACCCAUAUUUAAAACUCUUCCUAAAAAGUAUCAGUUCAGAUUUCAAAGUGAAUCUGUUGCCAGUUAAAGAUGAUAUCUCAAAAUCUGAAGAGGACAUUUUAACAAAAAGAAAAGGGGUUUCUCUGAAAAUCAUGAACACAGUUGACAAAAAUCAGUUAUGUGGUAUGACUGUACAGAUACCUACUGAAAAUAUGAAAGAUCUGUCACUACAAAGGACUCUUUCAACAACUUUUCCAACACCACCACCAACAACUCCUACCUCUCAUAAAGAAGAUACAUUCUACAAAAUUGCCAUCCAAGAUGGACGUACACGGAGUGACACAGUGGAAUAUUUAGCUUUUAAGGAAACCCAUCAGGAAAACUGGGGGAAAUUUGCUACUUUGUUACAUUUUAUUGAACAGUUCCUAACAGAUUUUUGUAUCCCUUUUGUAUUUGCUGAUGGAAACAAAUUAAAAGAUUUCGUCAAUAGAGUUGGAACUGAAAGAAAACCUGAAGUCAAGGAUCUUAUAAAUAUGUUAAUCAAUCCUAAAACCAUAGAAGAUAUUGUCAAAGUACCUGGUCGUAAAUACUGUGGUCCACAUGGUAAAAUAUAUGCAGCCAUUACUAUACAAAGCAACUGGCGAAGAAUGAAAGACAGAAAAAAAUUCCUUGAGUACCAGCGGAAAAAGUGGGCUUCUAGCAUUGUUGUUGUUGCAUGGACAGUACAUUUGAGAGUUCAGCGAUACAAGGCUCUUUUAAGACAGACAAGAGCAGACAAUAUAGAAGUAUAUAAACUCAAGAUUAAGGCAUUCCGAACUUCAUGGAAACGAAUUCAAAAUUCGAAGCGAGUUGUUAUACAUAUGCCAUCUUUAGGUUAUCCAGAAUAUAUUAGGAACAAUAUAAAUUUUUUUAAUAUUCAAGAAAAUAACCAGAUAUGCAGGAUUUGUGACAUUGUGGAUCCCAAUGUUGAUGUUAUCUACAUUUCCCCAACACAUUUAACUGAAGAGGCUGAACAGUACUAUGGAAAGCUCCUGGCUUUACGACCAGCCAUACUCAGUGGUGAUAUAAACAAAAUCAGUGAUAUGAUGAAACGAGUAACAUUUAUAGUUCCUGAAGUUAUAACACAAUUUUCUAGAAAAAAGAUGUGUCUUGCAUCAAUGCUGAAAUAUAGUCCUCAGGCACUGAAACGAAUAAAAAAUUUAGUGAAAGGUCGUGAAGCAUACAUUGUUCCAGGCAUGGUUUAUAUGGAUGACAUGGAAGUGGCUAAGCAAUUAGACUUAGCAAUUCUUGGUCCUGAUCCUGAAACAGCCCAACUGUAUUCUACAAAGUCAGGAGUCAAGCGAAUUUUUCAGAGUUCUGAAGUAAACAUGCCACCUGGAAUUUUUGAUAUCUAUACUGAAGAGCAGCUUCAUGAGUCUUUGGCUCAAUUAAUUAUUGAAAACUUUACAAUAGGAAGGUGGCUUUUGAAAUUUAACACAACUGUUUCUAGCAAUGGUAUAGCCUAUUGUGAUACUAUGCAUUUGAAAUGCUUUGUUCAAAUCUAUAAAGAAGCAAUUCGAUAUGGAGACAAAUGGACCCAUAAAUGGGCUCAUGAAUCUUCUUUGAAUAUACUUCUCAAUGAACUCCCUGAGUAUCUCAGACACUAUGCAAAUCCAGUAAAUAAGUCCAGAUAUUGUGCCUGGGAAAUAUAUAAAAAAGCUUUUCUUUUAAGAGGAGGAAUUAUUGAAGCAUAUCCUCCCAGUGAUUUCGUCACAGCAGUACAAGUAGAUCUUCUGAUUGCACCAAAUGGAGAAACCCAAAUACUGUGUACUGGAGAUCAAAUUAUAUCUCAAAACCCUUUUGAUCCUUGGGGUUUAUCGGUUCCACAGUGUUCAAUUGAACCACCAAGAAUCAAUUGUGCUUGUCUCAAAAUAGCCAAUUCAUGCAAAGGCAGGGGAAUCUUGGGAUAUGUAACUGUAAUUUUUGCUACAUUCAUUUGUGAACAAACGAAGCAGCAACAGUUGUGGUGUAUUGACAUGAAACUUGGUUACAGUGAUUCCCUUGCCAUGUUUCAACUCAUGAAAUACAUCAGUAACACCUAUCUUGAUAUUGACACGCAUCACCUGAUUGUUGCAGAGACUGAAACUCCAACCAAAGAAGAACUUUCUCGAGAGAAAUGUGUCCCAAGAAAGAAAACUCAAGAAAAGCACUACCGGUACGGUGUGUUGAGUACAAAGUUGUAUCAUUCAAAUUUAUCAAUCAUCCACUACAGUGUAUUUUUCCAAAUGUGCCGAGCUCAUGGCAUUGGCUAUGAUAUCAAGGAAAAACAGGGUACACUAUUCACACUCAUUGAUUAUGCUGCACGAAAUUAUAUUGGAAUGUUGGUCAUUUGUAAGGACUUACGCAAUGGUUUGGCUGCAUUUGCUCGAAACCUCAACACACUACAUGAAGAAGUAUCAUCCCCUAACAUGCAAGGAGAAACUAAUUUCAAGGAGGCCAUUAAUAGCAUUGAAGAAAUUAUUGGAAUAACUGUGCUGAAUGAGCAGGAGGAUAAGAAAACAAAAAAGAAAUGAAAAUUAAUCAGACAAGCACAUUAUUCUAUCAUGCUUAAAUAUUGAAUAUUUCUGAUACAGACCUCAUCAGAAAAGAACAACAUGACAAAACAAAAGAGAAAAACAAAAGCAAAAGUUUGUUUUAGAUUCAGUUUCAGUAUCUAGAGAGAAAAGAAAAGAGAUACAAAACAAUUUGUAUGUUAUAUAAAUUGGGGCUUUAUAUAAAAUAUUGAUAGAUUGCCACCAGAAGAAUUUUGGAAUAUUGUGCCUUAUUUUCUUACUAAUAUUUUGUUACCUUUUGAAAUAUUAAGAAUAAAAAAAAUAUCUAUAUACAUGUAUGUAUAUGUUUCUUU